AUGUUGGGGCUAAGCGCCACCGUCGCCCUAGCCGCUUCCGGCGCGGCCAUCUUCAUUGUCGUCUCGGUGGUCAGCAUCGUCAUCUGGGUGAGAUAUCGCAAUAAACGCCGUGCAUUGACGCUGGUGGGCUUCGGGCGGCAGCAGGGCCGGCGUAGCCGGGUGUUGCAAUCUUACCCGGUCGACACGUUGACCGAACUCAGUCAGGCAGAAGGGAAUGUCUUGAGGGCGCAUGGACAACUUCCAUAUGGAAAACCAGGAGAAUGGGGUCAAUUAACGUCACGAGAAAGUUUGCUUCGCCCAAUGCACACUUCAGAGUCUGCUUUUGCUCUCACCGAGAAAGCAAGAUCUCUCCGCAACUCCAUUUCUCGAUCUCGAUCCAAGCUAUCACGCUCAUCUCAUAAACGUGUAAGCUCUCUAGCCACGGUGGGUGAAUCAACGCAGAUUCAUAGUCCUUCGCCCAAAGCAUCGAUAUCCAAAGAAGAGGUCCCCAUCUCAGCGGUCGAAGGAAUUCUGGAGUUGCCAGCAGAAAACACACCUAGACAAACACCAGAUCCCAACGAGGGGGGUCCUGGUUUCCACCUUGGUAUGAGACCACUCUCACCUGGACGGCCUCUCCAAAAGCAACGGAACUCAUCAAGUCACUUCGGUAUGUCGGCAAAUCUUGGUUUGUCUCAGGUUUUUGAUCCAUCAUCCGUGGUGUUUGAGGAGUCUCCUAGGCGUCUACGUGGAAGAAGUAUUGCCAGUCAAACACCUGGCACGAUGCCAGACCAUUCGAUACCUCCUCCACCGCCGAUAGCCUAUCCACCAGAAAGAUUCAGUUAUGCUCGGAAUGACUCUGCCAUGAGACUUUCCUCAAUGAGUCUUGAUACUACAAACAGCUCAAUUCUGGAUGAUGGUCGAAAUGGUCCUCGGUCAGCUGAUACUGAUCUAACCUCUCCUCUCUUUCCUUCAGGUGGCUCCUUUGUUCCUUUCAGUGCUGCAGACGUUGGGGUCAGGGAUGGUCGCAGAAGUUUCAUCACCACCAAUACAUCAAUCCCACCACUGCACCGUUUCCCUGUGCGCUCCUGUUCGACCACGGAGACUCGCCAUAAAUCCCCAUCUCUGUCACCUCGGCGGAGUCUGACGACUCACCAUUCAAGUGCCUCGGUAGAUCGUUUUGGUGGGGCUCCACGGCGAAACGACUCUAUGUCUUCAUUCAACCCGCCUUCACGACACACAUCCCAGCGAUCUGGUGCUUCCGCUGUGCGCUCGGGAUAUCUCAAUCCUAAUGCCCCCGAAUGGCGAUCCUCCAGCUCUCAGUCGUCUUUCACGCCAUAUUUUAACCAGUUCCACAAUGAAACGGUCUACGAAGAUGAGGAAAUGGAGUACGACCCUUUCUAUGUCGGCUCUCCUGGAAAUGGAACUCGGUUCCAUCCAGUUGAAUCGCCACCAAGAAAAGUAGGCAAUACCAACAAGCCAGCAAGCCCAAUGCAAACUGCCAAUAUGUCUGUGAAAGGUGCUCUUCCCUCUGCACUCAAGGGUGGAAAUUCCCAACGAAAGGGCCACCGACGUCAAAACUGUGUCCGUAUUUCUAUUCACCCGCCGCUCACCUUUGGUUCAUCUACUUUCUCUCCCACCGUUGAAGAGGAACCUGAGGAUUUCGACAAGAUGGAGGAGCUAGAUCUCCGCGAAAGCUCAAUCAACAGCCCGGCAAAGCCGCCGCCUUCGUUGCCAACACCAACCACAAACUCUCCAUUGUCCUCAAGACGCAGCAACUACGGCAGUCGACAUGGCAAAUCGGGUCUUGGGUCUCUCGGCCCACUGGUCGAGGAGCCACAGCCCCCGAUGUAUGACGAGAGUCCUUGCAAGAGAAAAUAUUCCUCAUCUCUGUCGACUGCCAACAAGCUCCCGAAUAAGAACACUCAGGCUCUCCCCGAACUAUUUACCUCCCUCCCUCCUUCUACUGGCAUCUGUCUCACGCACACCCCCUCUCCCGACCAAGCACCAUCCAUUUGGGAACCGCAUGGAGCCCCAUCUCCAUCCCACGAGAACUCGCAUCCGAUUAGCGGUCCACGACGAUCAGCCGUCAAAGGCCCACGGACUCAACCCAGCAUCAUUGCAACCCGAAGCCACCCCACUGGCAUGUCUCCGAUCUCUGAUCACAGUCUCGAAAGCCCUUUGUCACCCAACCGUCUCCCUCUUCUGAUGAAUAUCACCGGAACUGAAGGCAGUGACUGGCGCAAGUCUACAGACUCGCUGCAACGCACACGAACCGAUGCUUCACGCAGCUCAUUCCGCCGAGACCGCGAUUCCACCUCUAGCCUAGACAACGGGCUGGGCCCCAUCGGCGGUUCCUCCGUACUCUAUGGUAGCCGCCGGUCAUCGCUGGUGCAAGCCCGCGUUAGUAUCUUCGAGGACGCAAACCAAACUACCUCCCCGUCCAAACAGUCUGUACUGUCCCCGGUUGGAUCUUUCCGCACACCUGACUCCUCGCCCACCCACGGCGAGAACAGCAUCCCUCGUUCUCUGCCUCCAAAUCAGCAGUUGCCUCCUUAUCUUUCGGGCCACUAUGCACCCCCUACUCCUACAUCCCCACGACGUGGAAUGACUACCCCCACGGGCAAGAGCCUCGGGCUUGGGAUUGACACCCCUGCUAGCCUGUACGAUGGGGAUGGUUUCCUACGCGAAUAA